AUGAGCAACAUUGGGAAGCAGGCGGGACCAGGGUCCACUGUUCCAACCGAGCUGCCCAAACGAAAGAGGGGACGGCCGAGGAAGCAGCCGCAGGAGCCUGUUGGGCCAUUGCCACCAAAGAAACCUCGUGGAAGGCCAAAAGGAAGCAAAAAGCUGAGUACUGGGAGUGGACAGAUGGUAUGCACCUCGGUUGAAAAAAGGCCCAGGGGUCGACCACGGAAAUGGCUUGUUGUCCAGGAGGAGGAAUUUCAGAAAGCUAGCAUUCAAGGGAGGAGCAACCCAAGUUCUAAUACAUCGUGCUCUGCCACAGAAGCUACAGCCACAGACUCCUUUGUGAUGGCCUCACUUCCUGCCCAGUUCUGCGUCGGGUUUGCAUAG